AUGAAGAUCAGAAAAACCUCUACUAUUCUCUUUGUAUUAUCUUCCAUUUUUGUCUUAUUUUAUUUGGUCAACUCGGCUCUAGAGCAAAUUCAACAGUUGGCUUAUUUCUUUGAAAGCGAAGAACAAAUUGAUUCUUCAUUUCCCAUCAAGUUUUAUAAUGUUGCGUAUGUAGAUUACAGGUAUGACUCUCCACGUCUUCGAAUUUUUACUCUCAAUCACUGCAUCUCCAAGAAAAAUUUUCUAUCGGUUGAUCUAUAUUACAAAGGAAUAUCAUCUCCUACAAAACUGAAAGUCUACGGAAAGUCUCUGGAAGAAACGUGCCCAUCUUCGUAUAUAUUUGCUAAACCAUGCUUUUAUGUGGCUCAUACAUUUUUUGCAAAUCUGGAGUUGAAUGGUAGAUUGGAGAAAGUGACAAUUAACUUGGGCGAUAGAGAAGUAAAUCUAGCAGUCAAGGAAGUUUAUAAGAAACAUGAAAAAGGUCUCACACUGUGCCUACAACCUGUUUAUUAUUACUCUCAAUGGCAGAAUAUUGUGUUGUAUAUUGAAGCUUGGAGAGCUCACGGAGCAUCUCGAUUCAUUGUUUACUACCACUCAGCUACAAAAGAUACAUGGAAAGUUUUGGAGUAUUAUAGAGAUAUGGGAAUUAUCGAAAUCCGUCCUUGGCCCAACUUUGGAAGUCUCCCACCGCAAAUUGAAAAAAAAUAUCCGAAAAUCGACGACAGUGUAUACGGUUUCUCUUACUUUUUGGCUUUGAACUUGUGUAUUCUUGACAUUAAAACUACUAUUGGGUCAGUUGCGGAUUUUGAUGAAGUUAUGGUACCUCACAAUGGUACAAUGUUGGAAUAUGCAUCAAAGGAAAUGACUGGAACAAAUGUUGGAGCAUUAUUAUUUAAGAAUUCCUACGUUUCAUUGGAACCCAGUAUUUAUGACAAUGAAUUUACUGGAGUCUCAAAGCCAGUGUUUCUAGAUGGUACAGCUGCGCCAAAGUACGUUUUCAAUGCAACUGUAAUUGACAUUGCUCAAACUCAUUGGGUUAGAAGUUUCACGGAUUCUACAAAACAUACAAAAGUUUCCGAUGGUACACUGUUGCAUCAUCGUUUUGAUGCAAAAUGGAAAAGAGGAGAGGAAGUGGAAAAGAUGUUCACAUACUUCCCUAACAAUACCUCAGAGCAUGUUGCAAGUAUGCAAAAGACUUCAUUGACAAUAUUCAAUGGGUCGCCACCAAUGUUUUCUUUCGAUUUAAUCAAUGGAUUAAACAAUUGUGUUCUGCGAAUUAAGGAAACACCAAAUACUUGCCAAAGCACCGGUGGAAUGUGUAGAGCUCAUAUGGAUAGAAUGUCCGAAUGGAUUUAUGAUAAAACUAAGAACAUUUUCUUAUAAUUAUGAUUACUUGUAUAAACUUUGUCAAACAUU